AUGAUUAUCCCAGAUCGUGACAUAGCGACACCGACUCCUACACCGCAGACCGUGAGGAGGCGUGCUGCUCCUGCCUUCGAACUUGGGACCGACGAACGAGACGGCAAUGAUGAGGAAGACGGCAACCACGUCAGCCAAGCGGUCUUUCGUGCGUGCGCUCUCUGCCCAACCGUACUAACGACAUGCUUCACAAUCCACCACCUCUCUCCCACCCACACCGUCUCCGCCGUUCUACCCACCAUUCUACAACCGCCCUCUCACUCCACUCCUGCUCUCCCUAGUCUAAAUCCCUCGUGCGCCCACCCUCCAACAACCCCGACUCCUCCGACGUCGAAACCCCCCAACGACGCCGAAGCCGCGGUGGCUCACUCCGCUCGCCGGGCACAUCCCCUUCUGCCCACCAGCCCCAAGGUCCCUCCUUACGAAUACUACGACUUCGUCCUGUACUUAGCCUCCUCACUCGCAUUCCUGAUCUACAUCCUCUGGUCGUACCCCCCUCACGCUCCAGACAUCACAUACUACCCGAGCCGGUGGUGGUCGCUGCCCAUUCCAGCAUAG